GCCGCCUCGCCGACACACUUUCUCCGGAGCCCCUCUCGGCCCACCGCAGCCCGACAUGGAACCGGCGUACCGGGGUCUGGGCCGCUGCGUGUGCUGCUUCUGGCUCGCCGUGGUGUUCGACGUGGUGGGACUGCUGGUGCUGCUCGUCGGCGUGUUCGUCAACGUCUUCUUCUACGACCUGCUCAUCUACGCCGGCGCCAUUGUCAUCUUCCUCAGCCUCGUCUGGUGGGUCUUCUGGUACUCGGGCAACAUCGAGGUGCUGGCCGCGGAGCUGGAGGACGACGUGGGGCUGACGAAGAGGGGCAAGGAGGCUCCGGGCGGCAUCACUGGCGCGGUCCGCCGGCUUUCCAGUCGGGUCUCCGCCGGCAUCAGGAACUCCUUGCGCGGGAACAGAGGACCGGACCGGUCGGGUCCCGCCGUGGCCUCCGAGCCGGUGGUCGUCACCAUGGCAACCUUGAGGCCCAAUGAGCGCUCUAUGGACACGAUGGGGUGUGAUGACGUGGGAAUGCCGCACACCUCCACGGAGACCUCACCUGCAUAGACUCAGUGAACGAGAACGAGAACCGACGUCACUCAAUGAACUUUUUUUUUUUUUUUUACAAUUAAUGUGUGGAAAACACAAGUGAUAGCAGCUGUGGAGAUUUAU